UAUGCUGCUUGACUAGUGAUAAUUGAUAAAUCGGCCCAUAGUGAAAAUAAUUCGUAUAUACGCCACUGUCGUCAACUGUACGAACGUCUUUCACAUACGUCUACACUGCUCCACAGCUGUACUUAACCAUCUUUCCAGGUUUGGCGGUCCGGUAGGUCACCUUUCCGUUUGAGUGGGCCAAGUUAAACGGAAUCACUUGAGUGAAUAGGAGUGGCGCAAGAGUAAAUUCAAGAAAGUUCAUUUAACUGUUAACUGCUACAAAAAAAAAAAAAAUGCUGACAUUUUUUCAAUCUUUUGUCAAGAUACCAAUGUUUCCUUCAGUGGCAAUGUACAUAUGCAAUUGUUGUAAUUCACAUAUGGUAACCAGACACCAAUGCACUGUAUGCAAUGACUUUGAUUUAUGUAUUGAUUGUUACGAGAAAGAAAAGCAUCCACACACCAUGGAGAAACUGAGUCAUGAUGUGGUAGACGGAUCAUCUCCUACUGACCAACAAGCAGAACCCCAAGAACCUAGACGAUUAACAUUUCUCCGGUAUAAUAAAUUUCUUGUACACGCUAGCCAAUGUAACGGCUGUCACAUUGAAACUUGUAGUUUUAUGAGAAGGGUGUUGCAACAUGUUCAAUUAUGUAGAGUCAAAUGUGGAGACAUAUUGUGUCGUAUUUACUGUCGAUAUUUUGAAAUUUGCAUCUAUCAUGCAACAUAUUGUAUUGAUUCUAACUGCCCAGUGUUUUUCUGUCUAAAUUUGAAAUCCAAGAUCGCAGAGCAACAACUCCAACGAUCUCGACUAUUACCAAGAACAACAGCAAAGAAAAAUAAACAUACGAUCUCGACAACAAAUGAUACACAAUAAAUAACAAAAUCCAAUGUUGCAACAACAACUAGUUACAACUAUUACUAAAUACAUUGCUCACCAAUACUGACAGCUACCUGAACACCAACAAUGCAUAACAUGACGUAACACUAGCAUUUGUUGUCUCCGUCUUACAAAUGAGUAACAGCAAAUUUAAGCUCAGAAGAUUGCAUGUAGCCUUGUUAAUUUAAAAAGUAAAGCAAAUCAAACUAUUAUGAAACUUGAUGGUAAGAUCAUUAUCUGUGUGACUGUGUUCGUAUCUGAAUUUUUUACGAUAGUUCAAUUUUUUAGCAGUUUUAGGUAUAAUACAGCUUAAAUUAAAAAUGCUUAUAACUCACUUAAAAACUAAACUAUGGUAAAAAACCCACCAUAAAACACAGAUAAUGUUCUUAUCAUCAAGUUUCAUAAGAUGUCGAUUCGCUCUAAUUAUUUAACUACGAAGCUAUAAGUAACCUGUUGAGCGUGCAUUUGCUAUGUUACGCACUUGUAAGGCGGAGGCAACAAUGUUGUCCUUGUAGCGCCCUCUUAAUAACAAUAUUAUAAUAUAAAUAUAAAUUACAAAGUUACUCGAACAUAUUAUUGUGAAACCUGAUAUAAUUUUAAAAUAUAUUCUGGUUAAUUAGUCAGUAUUUAUGACUCAUAUAUUAAAUAUGCAUAGACAUUUUUACAUACAUAUAUCUAUCGGUAAAAUCUCCUAUAAAUGUGAGUGCAAAUCGUUGGUUAAGUCAUCUUAACUUUCCAGCGGGAUCGUUGUUGUAAAUAAUACAGCAGUUUUGUAUUUAUUUAUCCUUUAACUUACCUAUUUUUAUUUUAUUGGCGGUCAAGGG